AUUUAAAAAAGAAGGAGGUUGAAAAUAAUAAACAAAUACACGUGCAGUCACAUAGUAAAUAAAAUAAUUGUAAUAUCGAUGAUUAAACAUUGAAAUUAGUUUUUGAAAUAUGAACUUUGAAAGCAAUAUGAAAGAUGAAAAGGAUUUUAUUCCACUUGAAGCAAAAAAAAAGGUAAAAGUUAAAGCUAAUCUCAAAGAGCAAAAAGAAAGACGAAGGCAAAAACGGGGAAGAAUUAUUGUAAGAAAUAUUUCGUAUAAGGCUACUGAAGAUUCCUUUCGUGAUUUUUUUUCAAAAUUUGGUAAAAUUGUUGAUAUUAAGUUAUUAAAAAGAGGCGAUGGUAAAUUGGUAGGAUGUGGAUUUGUGCAGUACGAAACAGUUAACCAAGCAGCGAAAGCAAUUUCAAAAGGAAAUAAUACAUCAUUUUUAGAUAGGAUAGUUGUCAUAGACUGGGCUAUUGGUAAAAAUGAAUAUGAAAAGAGAAAAAAUAUGUCUAUUAAAAAGGAAUUAAACAGAGAGAAGGAAGAUAUCUCUGUUACUAUAAAGGAAGAACCUUCGGAAAGUGAGUCAGAAAUAGAAAAAAAUGAAAGUAAUUCGGAGCAAAGUGAUACUGAGGGAAACUGCACUGAAGAAAGUCUCCAAAAUGAGAAUUCUGAAAGUGAAAAUUAUAUGGACAUAGACGGAAAUAACUCAGAAAAUGGAGACAAAAUGGAAAAAAAAGAUAUUGAAAAAACGUUCGAAUCAAAGCCAAAAUUCAAAUCUAACGAUAUAAAAGAAGAAUGCACAAUAUUCAUUAAAAACGUCCCAUUUGAUGCUACUGAAGAUGAUUUAAGAAAAGUAUGCCGGAAAUUUGGUCCCAUUUACUAUGCUCUCAUUAACAAAGAUCCGAUUUCUGGGCAUUCUCGAGGAACAGCAUUUGUUAAAUUUAAAACAAAAGAUUCUGCGGAAAUGUGCUUGAGAGCUGGCGACGAAUUUAUCUUAUUGGACCAAAUUAUGGAAGCUUUACCAGCUUUAAGUAGGGAAGAAGCUAAAAAUAAAGGAAAAAAGGAUGAAAAUCAUAAGGAUUCUAGAAAUUUGUAUUUAAUUAAGGAAGGACUAAUAAUGGCAGGUUCAAAAGCAGCGGAGGGUGUUUCUUCCAGUGAUAUGGCAAAACGGCAUAAAAUUGAACAAACAAAAGGUCAAGUCUUAAAGAACUUAAAUAGGUUCGUGUCAAGAAAUCGUUUAUCUAUCCAUAAUUUGCCUUUAGAUUAUAAUGAUGAAAAGUUAAAAGACAUGGUUAUAAAAUAUACAAAUUUUAAACCGCAUGAAUGUCGUAUAAUUAGGGAAAACAAACCUUCAGUGGGUUAUCCAUUAGGGAAAUCCAAGGGUUUUGGAUUUAUGUCUUUCAAAAGCCAUAAAGAAGCUUUAUUAGCUUUGAGGAAAUUAAAUAACAAUCCUUCUAUAUUUGGUAACCAAAAUCGUCCAAUAGUAGGUUUCAGUAUUGAAGAUAGAUCAGUUCAUAAUGUUAAAAAGAAAAGAUUAGAAAAAUCGCGUCAGAAUAACCCGUUCUUUAAAGAAAAAUUAGAGAAACUAAAAGCUAAAAAACAGCAAAAACUUCAAAAAGAUAAUAAAUCUAAUAUACAAAUCAUGAAAAAUAAUACUAAUAAAAACCAUACAAAUUCAUCAACUCAGCCAGAUAAAUGUAUUGAUGAAGAUUUUAUGGGGAUACCAGCAAAACCUGGAAAUUUUGUGAGGACUCGAUCAACAAAGAAAAUUCGUGAACAAACUUUGCAACAUAAAAAGAAACUUUCACUACUUAAACAAAAAAAUAAAAAGGAGAAAGAAAGAAAGCAAUUACGAAUUGAAAAAAAAGCUAUUGAUCGACCCAAGAAGGGUAAGAAAAAGUUGGAAAAAGAUAGUUUUUCACUGUUAGUAAAUAAAUACAAAAGUUUAUUGGUUCCAAAAUCUGGUAAUGAAACUAACAAACCUAGAAAAAAGAAAUGGUAUACGGAAUAGAAACAAUUUCACUUUAAAGGAUUAUAAAAUAAACUUAGAUUAUAUAAUUCAAAUACUUACAUACAAUGAAAUAAAAAUUUUAUAUUUAGUAAAAAUAUUCAUAUUUGUUAUAAGGAAACCACAAAAUUCUUUAUAGUUCUUUUUUCGUAUCUUCAUGUAAAAAAUACGUUAAA